AUGAAGUUCAUGAAGUUCAUGCAUGCCAAAGAGGACCGGCCGACACCGCCGGAAGUCUAUAAUUUCCGACUUUACCUGACCGUCAUUGGUCUUGCCACGGCGCUUAUCGUAUUUGGCUACGACACAUCGUUCAUUGGGACGACGCAGACGCUACCCAGCUAUAAGCGCGACUUUGGCCUCAACACCAUGACGGCCAAGGAAGCGGAUGCCUUUACCAGCAACGUGACUAGCCUGUUCUCAGCUGGCGCCUUCUGGGGCGCCCUGUUCAUGUUCAUGCUUCUCGAGCUGCUGGGCCGGCGGCUGUGUGUGCUUCUCGCCGAUUUCAUCUUUAUCGUUGGUGCUGUUCUCUGCACCGCCGCCGGCGGCAGCAAGGCAAUGAUGUAUGGUGGCCGUGUGCUCUCGGGGGUUGGAGUCGGCGGGUUCGUGGCAGUGAUCCCAACCUACAUCUCCGAGCUCUCGCCCCCAGCCGUGCGCGGCCGCAUGACGGGCUGCUUUGAGACCUUCUACAACUUCGGCUCUCUCGUUGGCUUCUGGAUCAACUUUGGCAUUGUCCGCCACAUCGACACCAAUCGCUCUCUCGCCUGGCGCAUCCCCAUGGGUGUCCAGCUCAUCCCCGUUGGCAUCGUCGCACUCACCAUCCCCUUUCUCAAGGAAUCCCCAACCUGGCUCCUGAAAAAGGGACGCGACCAAGACGCCCUACGAGCUCUGUCCUUCCUGCGCAAUCUUCCAGUCUCCCAUCAAUACAUCCUCGAAGACGUUGGCUUUAUCAAGUCUCAAAUCGCCAUCGAGCAAUCGCUCACCGUCCGGCGCGGCCAAACCCCCACAACCUGGUCCACCUUUCGCGCCGCCGCCAAAGAAGCCACAUUAAAAGGAAUGCGCAACCGCUUCGGCUUGGUCGCCAUGCUUUGUCUGCUGCAGGCGUGGAGCGGCGCCGUUGCCAUAAACUACUAUUCCCCCACCAUCUUCACCUCCAUCGGGCUCGAUGACACUACCCUCUGGACGGGCAUCUACGGCGUCAUCAAGUCGGGCGCCUCAAUCGUAUAUUUCUCUUUCCUGAUCGACAUCACAGGACGCAAGUGGCCAUGGAUCACCUCGUCUAUCGGCUGCGCGGUCUGUAUGUACUACAUCGGCGCAUAUGUCAAGAUCGCCAACCCGGGUGACGGGAACACACAGCCGCCCUCCGAAGUCGCCGCAGGCAAGGGCGGCGCCGCGGCAAUAAUGCUCUUCGGCUUCUUGUGGUCCUUUGGCGCCAACGGUCUGCCACUCAUUAUCGCGAGCGAAAUCUUCUCACCAAGCGUGCGCAGCAUCAGCGGACCUUGGGCGGGUGUGAAUGUGUGGCUGUGGUCGUUCGUCGUGACUAAGAGCAUACCCAGCAUGUUCCGCGCGAUGGGGUAUGGGAUCUACCUCUGGAACGGGACGGUGCUGACCUUGUCGGCGGUGUAUGCGUUUUUCUUCGUGCAUGAGACCAAAGGGCUGAGAAUGGAUCAGAUGGAUCGGUUGUUUGGAGCUGUUGGGGAGCGAGAGGUGGCGCCCAGUGUCGUUGGCGAGAUGGUGGAUGGGGAGAAGGAGGUUGCAGUGCAUAUGGAGCAUGCGGUUUAA